AUGGCCACUGCCAAGCUCUCCCGCAAGACCGGCGUCAUCGUCGGUGACGACGUCCUCGCCCUCUUCGAGUACGCUCGCGAGAAGAAGUUCGCCAUCCCCGCCAUCAACGUCACCUCCUCCUCGACCGUUGUUGCUUCUCUCGAGGCCGCCCGCGAUGCCAAGUCGCCCAUCAUCCUCCAGAUGUCCCAGGGUGGUGCCGCCUACUUUGCUGGCAAGGGUGUCCCCAACGGCAGCGACCAGGCUGCUUCCAUCGCCGGUUCCAUCGCCGCCGCCCAGUACAUCCGUGCCAUUGCUCCCACCUACGGCAUCCCCGUUGUCCUUCACACCGACCACUGCGCCAAGAAGCUCCUCCCUUGGCUCGACGGCAUGCUCGAUGCCGAUGAGGACUACUUCAAGAAGCACGGCGAGCCCCUCUUCUCCUCCCACAUGAUCGAUCUGUCCGAGGAGCCUGUCGAGUGGAACAUUGAGACCACCGCCAAGUACCUCAAGCGUGCUGCCCCCAUGAAGCAGUGGCUCGAGAUGGAGAUCGGCAUCACCGGCGGUGAGGAGGAUGGUGUCAACAACGAGGAUGUUGACAACAACUCCCUCUACACCCAGCCCGAGGACAUCUGGAACAUCUUCAACACCCUCUCCCCCAUCUCCCCCUACUUCAGCAUUGCUGCCGGCUUCGGCAACGUCCACGGCGUCUACAAGCCUGGCAACGUCAAGCUCCACCCCGAGCUCCUCGGCAAGCACCAGGCCUACGUCCGUGAGCAGCUCAAGACCAACGACGAGAAGCCCGUCUUCUUCGUCUUCCACGGCGGCUCCGGCUCCUCCAAGCAGGAGUACCUCGACGCCAUCUCGUACGGUGUUGUCAAGGUCAACUUGGACACCGACCUGCAGUUCGCCUACUGCGCCGGUAUCCGCGACUACAUGGUCAACAAGAAGGACUACCUCAUGACCUCUGUCGGCAACCCCGACGGCGCCGACAAGCCCAACAAGAAGUUCUUCGACCCUCGCGUCUGGGUCCGCGAGGGCGAGAAGACCAUGUCCAAGCGUGUCGCCGAGGCUUUGGUCGACUUCAACACUGCCAACCAGCUGUAA